GAGCCCAGACUGAAAACCAACAGGCAACAGGAAGCCAAUACAAUGAGGAUGUUCAGCAGAAACAGAACUCUUCUUCUGGAGCCUCAUCUAAGGUGAACAUCAUCCCACCAAUGCUGACAAACCCAGUAAUAACACCUUCCAACCCCGCCCACAACGGCCGCGUGUGCAGCACGUGGGGCAACUUCCACUUCAAGACCUUUGAUGGAGACAUCUUCUCCUUCCCUGGGCUCUGUAAUUACGUUUUUGCCUCCCACUGCAACACCCCCUACGAGGAUUUCAACAUCCAGGUCAGGAGGGUGGUGGUGGACAAGGCCCCCACCAUCAGCCGCAUCACCAUCAAGCUGGAGGGUGUUGCCAUCGAGCUGAGGAAGGACGUUGUCACCAUCAAUGGCAACAGAGUUCAACUGCCAUACAGCCAAUCUGGAACUACGAUAGAAGAGAGCAACAAUUAUGUGAAAGUUGCCAGCAAAAUGGGCAUCAUGUUACUGUGGAAUGAAGAUGACAGUAUCCUGCUGGAAUUAAAUGAGAAAUACUCCAAUCAGACCUGUGGACUCUGUGGGGACUUCAAUGGCUUGCCAGCUUACAAUGAGUUCUACUCCAACAAUGUUAAGAUGACAGCCUUGCAGUUUGGGAAUAUGCAGAAGAUGGAUGGGCCCACAGAGCAUUGUGAAGACUCUGCUCCUACCCUGCCAGAUAAUUGCACUGCCAGCUUUGAUGACAUAUGCCAGAAAACGCUGACCAGCUCUGCGUUUGCAGAGUGUAAUGACCUGGUGGAUGUCAGAGAGUACAUCUCAGUUUGCCAAGAUGACUUGUGCCUCUCCAAAGAGUCCAAAAACUCCUCGUGCAUCUGUGACACCAUUGCCGAGUACUCCCGGCAGUGUGCUCAUGCUGGUGGGCACCCUCUGAACUGGAGAACCUCAAAACUCUGCCCCAAGAAGUGUCCUUACAACAUGCAAUACCAGGAGUGCAGCUCGCCCUGUGCUGACACGUGCACCAACCCUGAACGCUCUCAGUUCUGUGAAGAACACUGCAUAGGUGGCUGUUUCUGCCCCCCAGGGACUGUGUUUGAUGACAUCAACAGCUCUGGCUGCAUUCCCCGGGAGCAGUGCUCCUGUGUUUACAACGGCAACACCUACGCCACGGGAGCUGCUUUUGCAGACAAGUGCCAGUCCUGUACCUGUAACGGAGGCCAGUGGAGCUGCCAGGACAAGUCCUGCCCAGGAACGUGCUCAGUAGAGGGAGGCUCACACAUCUCCACAUAUGAUAAGAAGAACUAUGAUCACCACGGAGACUGCACUUAUGUCCUUUCUAAGCACUGUACAGAUGAAACAUUCACCAUCCUGGCAGAGCUGAGGAAAUGUGGCGUGACAGACAGCGAGACGUGCUUAAAGACAGUGACCCUCAGCAUGAACAAAGGGCAAACUCUCAUCGAGGUCAAAUCUGAUGGUGGUGUGUUUGUGAACUCCAUCUACACCCAGCUGCCCUUCUCAGCAGCUAACGUCACCGUGUUCAGACCCUCGACGUUCUUCAUCAUCGUGCAGACAAACCUUGGUGUCCACCUGGAAGUCCAAAUCACACCCAUCAUGCAAGUGUUUGUGAGACUGGAUCCUGCUUUCAAGAACCAGACCUGUGGUCUGUGUGGAAACUUCAAUAAUAUCCAAACCGAUGAUUUCAAGGCCAUAAGUGGAAUAAUUGAAGGGACAGCAACAGCAUUUGCUAAUACAUGGAAAACUCAGGCUUCCUGCCCCAACGUCCAGCGCAGCUUUGAGAACCCCUGUGCACUCAGCAUCGACAACGAAAAAUACGCCGAGCACUGGUGUGGGCUGCUGACAGACAGCGAGGGACCUUUUGCUGCCUGUCACCACGCAGUGAACCCCUCUGUUCACCACACGAACUGCAUGUUUGACACCUGUAACUGUGAAAAUAGUGAGGACUGCCUCUGUGCAGCUCUGUCUUCCUACGUGAGAGCCUGUGCUGCUAGAGGAAUCCAGCUCCCUGGCUGGAGGACUGAUGUCUGCUCAAAAUACACCACCUCAUGUCCCAAAUCCCUAAGCUACAGCUACACCAUCUCCUCCUGUCCACCCACCUGCCGAUGUCCCAAAUCCCUAAGCUACAGCUACACCCCCCCCUCCUGCCCCCCCCCCUGCCGGGCUCUGAGCGAGCCUGAUGUCACCUGCAGCAUCGAGUUUGUCCCCGUGGAUGGCUGCACCUGCACAAAUGGCACCUACAUGGAUGAGAGUGGCAAAUGUGUGCCUGCUAGCCAAUGCCCCUGCUACUACAGAGGAUCUCCCAUACCCCUGGGAGAAGUCAUCCGUGAAAAUGGGCUUGUUUGUAAUUGCAUCCAGGGACAAUUGAAUUGCAUUGGAGCACCCAAUCCCACUCCAGCCUGUAAAUCUCCCAUGGUCUACUUCGACUGCAGAAACACCACGGCAGGAACAACUGGAGCAGAGUGCCAAAAAAGUUGCCAGACUCUGGACAUGCAGUGUUAUAACACACAGUGUCUGUCUGGCUGUGUGUGCCCAGCCGGCCUGGUGUCCGAUGGCAGCGGUGGCUGCAUUCCUGAAGAGGAAUGUCCAUGCAUUCACAACGAAGCCAUGUACCAGCCUGGGGAGAAGAUCAACGUUGACUGUAACACCUGUGUAUGCAAGAACAGGAAGUGGGAAUGCACCGAAAAUCAGUGUCUGGGCACUUGUGCUGUCUAUGGAGAUGGUCACUAUACCACCUUUGAUGACAAAAGGUUCAGCUUCAAUGGGAACUGUGAAUACACACUGGUCCAGGACCACUGUGGGAAGAGUGGCACAACCAAUGGCACCUUCAGGGUUAUCACUGAAAAUAUCCCCUGUGGCAACACUGGGACAACUUGCUCAAAAUCUAUCAAAGUUUUCUUAGAGAGCCAUGAACUGAUCCUUGGGGAGGAGCACAUCAGUGUUGUGAAGAGGGGACAGGAUGAGCAGGUGCCAUACACGGUCCGCACCAUGGGUACCUACCUGGUAAUUGAGACCACCAGUGGACUCAUCCUCAUGUGGAACAAGAAAACCAGCAUCUUCAUCAAGCUCAGCCCUGGCUUUAAGGGACAAAUCUGUGGCCUUUGUGGAAAUUAUGAUGGCAAUGGCAUCAACGACUUCACUACAAGGAGUCAGUCUGUGGUAGAGAACGUCCUAGAGUUUGGAAACAGCUGGAAAGUAUCCUCUACAUGUCCUGAUGCUUACAGCAUAAAGGACCCUUGUUCCACCAACCCUUACCGAAAGUCCUGGUCAGAGAAGCAGUGCAGCAUCAUCAACAGCAACGUCUUCGCAGCCUGUCACUCCCAGGUUGAGCCAGCAGGGUAUUACCAAGCGUGUGUGACAGAUGCUUGUGCCUGUGACACGGGGGGAGACUGUGAUUGCUUCUGCACAGCAGUGGCUGCCUAUGCUCAAGCCUGCAGUGAAGUUGGUGUCUGCGUAGCCUGGAGAACCCCAUCGAUCUGCCCACUGUUCUGCGACUACUACAACCAACACGGGGAAUGUGAGUGGCACUACAAGCCUUGUGGAGCACCUUGCAUGAAGACCUGUAGGAACCCAAGUGGAAAAUGCCUCCAUGACUUGCCAGGUUUAGAAGGCUGCUACCCGAGCUGCCCCCCAGACAAGCCGUAUUUCCACGAGGAUGAGAUGAAGUGUGUGAAUCUCUGUGACUGUUAUGAGGAGGAAGAUGGAAAGAUAUAUGAACGGGAGGAGUGUAAAGUAUGUGAAUGCACACCAGAAGGUUUACAGUGCAAGUUUGAUGAUAAAGCAUGCUACUGCAUUUAUGAAGAGAAAAGCUAUAAAUAUGGUGAGGUCAUCUACAACACCACAGAUGGAGCUGGCUGGUGUCUCAGUGCAAUGUGCGACGUCAAUGGAACAAUAAACAGAGAGAUCAACAGAUGUGGCUCUACAACAACCCCCUUCACAUUUUCUACAAGUCGACCCACAACUACUGCUCCAGCACCAGUGACGACUGUGUGUGUGAAGAAGGUGUGCUCCUGGUCGGGCUGGUUCGACUCCACGCAGCCCGGAGACACCGCGGACGGUGGGGAUGAUGAAACCUUGGCAAAUCUCAGAGCUAAAGGGUACAGAGUGUGCAAAAACCCAGACGAAGUUCAGUGCAGAGCCAAAGAACACCCCGACGUGGAGCUCCACCAGCUAAACCAGACAGUAGAAUGCAGUCCCAGCACAGGACUGAAAUGCAACAACGCAGAGCAGGAGGACCAGCAGUGCUACAAUUACGAGGUCCGAGUGUUGUGCUGCAGCUAUGUGCCCUGUUCAGAAACACAAACCACAACCCCGAGAACCACGGGAGCAACCACAACACCUACUGCUGCAGAAACAACAACGCUGACA